CAUCAGUGACGCACUGGUCGACUCUCCGCAGUCACGAGUCAAGGCAACCACCAAAAGUUGCUCCACCCACAACACCCAGAAGCUGAAGAUCCACAACAAUACUCCAGUAGUAGGAAAAGAGAGCAAGAUGAGAAGUUUCCGCCGCGAUCGUUUGGAAUACAUGCUGUAUGCCACCGUCAUGACGAGUACGACGGUGGCUUUGGGUUUGAUUCUGGCGUUUGGAUUCGACGAACACGGACAAAAGCGAAAACCCGUUGCCAAUCAACCCUUGGAAGAAUCGAUGAGGGAAGCCAAUUUGGAAGCCAAAGAGUACGCCGCUCGAAAGUAUCACGAAGGACUCGAGUUUGCCGAUCGGAGGGGAUACGGGGACCUGUAUCGAAAAUUAUUUGGAUCUCCUACUGGUAACAGGCAGAACAACCAUGCUAGUAGUAGACCUCCGUCCUUUUUGGACGCCGCGGCUGACAACAAGAACAAAAAGAAUGAACGGUGGUGGUCCUAGCUGGCCUAGCUAGUAGCCAAACUACUACGGCACGGUCCGAGCUAGGCAACAAGAGGCAAAAUCAACAAGAAACACCAGGCAAGAUCAAGAAGACAACGAAGCUACAUCCUAUUGAAGAAGACUCCAGUGUGCCUUCCGGGGCCAAGGAAAGAAACAGCAAAGAUAGGUUGAUUGGAUACUGAAUGGAAUUUGGGAUUGGUUGCCUCGGGAAAAUCAUUGCGUGAACUACAUGUGCCUACGUACCAUACCGUGCUAGCUAGUAGCUUGUCCUAAUUACUGAAACUGGGCCCGGACCCACGGAGAAUAGUAGUCGGUCAGUAUCAGACAUCAAUAUCGUACAUCAUACUAUCAUAUCAGUGACACGACAAUCUCUCGAUACAUGCAUCUAUUCUUCUCGCUAGCUAGUAGUAAGGUAGCUGAGUACAAGGCACAAACAAUACUGAUUCGAUUCUCUGAAGUUUGCCCUCGUGACUCUAUUUGUA